CACAAGCAUAGAAAGGUUUCGAAGGAAGAAACAACCACAUAUAUUCUGAUAUACACACUUCAUUAUGGAUACAGAAAAGGCUGGGAAUGGCAUGAGAGUGUUGAUGUUCCCAUGGUUGGCUGUGGGACACAUCACACCAUUCUUUGAGUUAGCCAAGAAACUGUCUGAUAGAGGCUUCCUCAUGAUCCACCUAUGUUCCACCCCCAUCAACCUUAGUUUCAUAAAAAACAAGAUACCCCAAAAAUACUCUUCUUCAAUCCAGUUAGUGGAACUUUACUUGCCAGAAUUACCAGAACUCCCUCCUCACUACCACACCACCAAUGGCCUACCACACCAUCUCAACUCCACCCUCCAUAAAGCCCUCAAAAUGGCCGAACCCACUUUCUCCAACAUCAUGGGAACCAUAAAACCACACUUGGUGAUCUAUGAUGUUCAGCAGCCCUGGGCAGCAUUAGUAGCCAAGUCACACAAUGUCUCGGCCGUCCAAUUCAUCACUUCAAGUUCUGCCAUGUGCUCCUACGCUUUCCACGUGUACUUCCGGAAGAAUGCUGAGUUCCCUUUUUCAGAACUCUCUCUAAGAAAAUACGACAGAGAGAGAUUCCAGAAGAUGGUAGACAAAAGUAGCAGCAAUAGCAUUAGCAGUAGUGAUAUCGAUAGAGAAGAUAAAAUCACGAUUUUAAUGAGUACCUCAAGAGAAAUAGAGGGGAACAAGUAUUUAGAUUACAUGAGUAAAUUAGCAGGUUGCAAGAUUUUAACACUCGGCACACUAGUUCAGGAGCAUCAUCAAGAUGAAGAGCAUUUCGAGCCGUUGAUGGAAUGGUUAGGAACGAAAGAGGAGAAGUCGACAGUGUUUGUUUCCUUUGGCAGUGAGUGUUUUCUGUCGGAUCGUGACAUGCACGAGCUAGCCACGGGAUUAGAGAAAAGUAAAGUUAACUUCAUAUGGGUCGUUAAGUUUCCAAAAAGUGUUAAUGAAACAACGGCAAUGACAACGAUGACAACGACACAAGAGAAUCUUCUUCAAAAGUCACUGCCAAUCGGUUUUCUUGAGAGAGUUGGAGAUAGAGGGAGAAUGAUGGAAGGAUGGGCCCCACAACACAGAAUUUUAUUGCACCCUAGCAUUGGAGGGUUCAUGAGCCACUGCGGGUGGAACUCUACCGUGGAGAGCAUUGAAUGUGGCGUUCCAAUCAUAGCGAUGCCCAUGCAAUUUGACCAGCCUCUAAAUGCUAAGUUGAUUGCGAGUCUUGGUGUGGGCAUUGAGGUUUUGAGGGAUGACGCUGGAAAGUUUCACAGCCAAGAUGUGGCUCGAGUUUGUGAUGAAAUUGUUAACGGAAAAUUGGGAGAAAGUAUACAGAAAAAUGUGAAAGUAAUGAGUGAGAAUGUGAGGCUCAAUAGUAUGAAAGAGAUGGACCAAGCUGCUACAUGGCUAGAGCGCAUAUGUUAUCCGAUGUUCUAAAAGGUGCUAGACGCUAGUCGGGCACCUAGCGCUAAGGCGCCUAAGCGGUGGUCUAGGCGGGACUAGCCAAAGACAUAAAAAUUAUAGUUUUAUCAAUAUUUUUUCAUGAAUACAAUUAGUAAUGUUAUGUUUUUGUGUGUAAAAAGUAAACACAUACACAUUAACAUGCAUGAAUGAUAGAGUUGUCACAUUUAAUAAUAUAUUACUCCCUCCGUCCCUAAUAACUUUGCCAAGUUUGACCGGCACGGAAAUUAAUAAAGUAAAAACUGUGUGGUUGAGGUUUGUGCAGAGGAG